AUUUUUGUAAUUGCUCUUUUCUCAGGGAUGCCAGUCAGCUGCCAGAGCCUGAGGAGAAACUCAAUGUGUCACAGGGAGGAGCAGCUAAUGUGUCUCACAUCACCCCUAACAAUUCACUGGGCUUUGUUCAGGCCACACCGUCAAGGGUGCUGCCGUCACCCACUGUCAACACACGGGAAGCACUGGAUGUGAUUAUGGACAUGUUCCAGGCCCCGACUCUCAUAGAGGACCCGUUCCACAACACAUCAGUGCUCCGCACUGUGGAGAAGGAGUGUGAGGGCGGAUACCAGAGAAAUG